AUCUGACGGAUAUGUGGGAAUUUGCAGCACGAGUAACUCUUAACUACCCUUAAAACCCCCCAAAACAAAACAAAACAAAAAGAAUCAACCAGUUUAUGGUGGUAAACUCAAAUAACUAUCAUCAUCAUUUCUGAGAACUUUUUUACUACCUACAAUACAAUUCAAUAAUGUUCACAAUUUUAUAUUUUUCUUUUUUUAAUGUUUAACAUAAUUGUGUUAAAAAUAGGUGAUUUAUAGAUGUGUGAAUGCAAAUUGUAUAUCCACUCAAAAACAAUAUUUCAAUAAAACUAUUGGAAUUAAUGUGUUGUGAUUAAAUAGUUGAACACAGCUGUAAAGGAUUAUGAAAGAAGAAGAAUACGUUGGAGACAUCUUCCCCUUUCUGACUGACUGUUUUAUUUUUGGCUGACCAUGUACUUCAGAGCUGUCUAAAGGCACAGGGUGAGGCGAAAAGCAUUAAUCUGAGUAAGUACAAAUUAGGGUACCUUAUAACUUUAAACUAUCAGGACAUGUUUUCAGUUUUCCUGGGGAAGUUUGAGGAAUGACAUCAAUAUUAUAAAGUUAUGCUCAUAAAGGGUGAAUCUUAAAAGUGGCACGUAUUAUAUAAAAAACUCUCUGAAAACUAUUUCGCAACUCUUUCUAUUUUAUUUGUAUAGACAGCUUCCUCUUUCUGACUCAAUGUUUUUGCAGCCACCAAAAACAAAGCUGUCUGAGAAGGCAGGAUAAACAGCAUUAAUUUAAGUAAGUACAAAUUAGAUUAACUUCACACAUCAUGACAUUUUCAGUUUUCUUGGGAUCGUCUAAGGAAAAGAAAUAAACGUUAUCUUAUUUGCAAAAUCAUAAGAAUUUAUGUUUGUAAAGGGUGAAAAUUAAACAUUAUACAUAGGAAAGAACCAAAUUAUUUCUCAACUCUUUCUAUGCAUUUCUUUUAUCGUUCUAAAAUUAUUGAUAUCGUGAUUUUUGCCAUAUAUUGUAUUCCUGUAGAAUUCAAUUAGGAAUUCUUUGCUUUUCAACAUUGUGCAUUGUGUGGACCGCAAUGACGUGUGAGAAACCCUAAAGAGGAGGAGAAGGGCAAACAUUCAUUUAUAUUGAAAGUGGAUGUGAAAACAUAAGAAAAGAGGAACAAAGUUUUUCUCAUCGUAUAAAUUUCUUCGGGGACACGCUCCUCACACCUCAUGAUUAGAAGAUUCUUUUAUGCUGAGACUAUUCCUAGAGACUCGCAACUGCUUCUAAUAAGAAACGGUAACAGCAACAAGAAAAGAUCCCUGCAUUCACCUGAUGAAAAAACACAGAGGCCUUUAGACGUUUUCAACUUAAUAUUUAAACAAACGAAACGAAAAAAAGGAGCCGACAGAAGUUAUUUAAAGGACUAUUUCUUUGCACUGCAAGAAGACAAAAUGGGAAACCAUCAGCUGCUGUCAGUUACAGUUGUUCUUGCAGCUGUUCAACUCAUCAGUAGUUACAGUUUCAGGAACUGCAUUGCAGAAGCAGAUUCUGAUGGGAAAACUUUCAAUUGCAUGCAUCGGAAUGCAAUGCAUAUUUCUGAUAUUGUCAGUGACCUGCCACCAUCUGCCAUCAAUCUCACCAUUUUAAGAACUCCUCUGACCGACCUUCCUAACAACAGCUUUAGUAACCUAGUAGACCUUCAGCACCUCAGAAUUGAUAAUAAUUCCUUGAAAACCAUCCGUCAGUUAGCUUUCCAAGGCUUGUAUCAACUGAAGAAUCUAAACAUGUCAUUAAACAAAAUAUCAGAGCUCAAUCCUUCUCUGUUUAAGGACCUGCAGAAUCUCACCUCCCUCUUUUUGGCCAACAAUGCAUUGGAGCGGCUGCCCGAGGAUAUUUUUUCAUCUGUUCUCAAGCUACACACUUUAAUCCUGAGACAAAACUUUCUGUCAGAUUUCUCAGGCAUUGCUAAGUCUGUGGCACAUCUGACAAAUCUGACGACACUGGAUCUUUGCUUUAACAAUUUGACCUCCCUCAGACACUCAAAUGUGUCACUGCCCCAGUCCCUCACUGUUUUGUAUGUUUGCCAUAAUAAUCUAUUAACGCUGGGAUGUAAGCCUUCAUUUCUCAGCUUUAUCAACAUUUUAGAUUUGUCAUACAAUUCUCAGCUGCCUACAAAAGCCUUUGAUCAAAUUGAUUUGAGCACUAUAAAUUAUUUGCGUUUGCGUUCAACAAAUGUAACAAUAGUGGAGUUUUUAAACGUUAGCAACAUCAAUCCAAGUCAUGUUGAUUUCUCUGGUACAGGACUGAACAAUGACAGCAUGCUCAAAGAAUUAUGCAUACUGUUGAAAAAAAGGCUGAAAGAGAAAAAUCUUAAAAAUAUGAACCUGGGUAAUAAUGCAAUUAGGCAACUUACAAAUAACACACUGUCCUAUUGUCCUAAUAUCACAGGGGCUUUGGAUUUAUCCCGCAACAACCUAAAGAGUGCAUAUUGCCUUGAGUUUCUUAGAAGACAUGUAUACAUAGAAGACUUCAAAGCAGAGCACAACCAUCUCAGCUCCCUAAUAUACUGUAAAAAAAUGUUUCAAUUUAAAAAAAUGGAAAAUCUGAGUUAUCGUUACAAUCGCAUCUUAAAAGUUGACUCUCAUGCUUUUUAUCAUACACCAAAUAUCAGGACGCUACAACUUAACAUAAACAGUAUUGCAUUUCUCCAUAUACACGCUCUCAAGGGACUAAAAAAGCUCGAGACACUUCGUUUAGACAAUAACCUCUUAACUGAUUUGUUCAGUGUCACAUUUGAAGAUCUGGUCAGUUUGCAAAUUCUUAACAUUCGCAACAACCGCAUUUCUGUCAUUUUCAAUAGGACUUUUUUCAACCUGACAUUUUUAAAUACACUGGAUCUUGGAGGUAAUAAGAUUACCCAUUUUCAGCGAUCGGGUCUUGAUGGACUAAAAAGCCUGUCCAAGCUCUAUCUAGAUGGAAACCAGCUAAAACAAAUUGACCCUUUCUUAUAUCGUGCAUUUCAAGACACCCUCACUGUGCUAGAUUUACAGAGUAAUCAGAUUUGCUUCAUAACAGAAACUCAUGAGUCACCAUUCAUGAAUCUCAGCAGACUGACUGAUCUGAAAUUAGAUCGGCAGCGACCUAACGGACUCACCGUUUUACCACGCACUUUACUACGUGGCCUCUACUCACUGAAAUCUUUGUAUCUCACCAACAAUAACAUAUACCAUCUUGCUCCUGAUACCUUUGAUGACCUAACAGACUUAAGUUUCCUCACACUGGAUAACUGCUGUGUUGGGGUGAAAAAAUUAGAACCAGGGGUCUUUAAAAAUUUAAGAAAUUUGACCAGAUUGGCUGCAGAAAAUAUGGGCAUUCAGAACUUCUCUAAAGAGGUUUUUGGGAAUCUUACACAGUUACGUUUACUGCAGCUCAACCGCAAUGCCAUGCAGACUCUUUCUGUAGACGCAUUAAUGAGUCUACCUAUGCUUCGUUACCUUGACAUACGAGAUAAUCCUGUAAGCUGCACCUGCAACAAUGUGCCUUUGCAAAAUUAUACAAAGAAUAACACAGAUGUUCAGGUGGUGUACCUGUACAACCUGUCAUGCCAACACAAUCCAAAACUCAAAUUUUACAAUUUUGACACUAAAGUUUGUCGCGGAGAUAUAGGAAUGUACCUGUUUUUUAGCACAUCAGCUGCAAUCUUCUUGUUUACAAUCAUUCCCUUAUUCUAUGUUAAACUCUACUGGAAAAUGAAGUACAGCUACUAUGUGUUUCGGGCCUGGUUUAGCGAGCAGUGGAGCAGAUUCCAUGAGGAGGAGGAGAAUUGUAAAUAUGAUGCAUUUAUUUCCUAUAACUCAUCUGAUGAACAAUGGGUCAUGGACCAAUUGUUACCCAACUUGGAGGGAGGCGGAUCAUCUUUUAAGCUUUGCCUGCACCACAGGGACUUUGAGUUGGGCCGUGAUAUUGUGGACAAUAUUGUUUCUGCUGUAUACAGCAGCCGGAAAACCAUUUGUGUGGUGAGCAGGAAUUUUCUGCAAAGUGAGUGGUGUUCUCUGGAAAUCCAGCUUGCCAGUUACAGACUCUUUGAUGAGCACAGAGAUGUUCUCCUGCUCGUUUUUCUGGAGCCAAUCUCUGAGAGGCAGCUGUCUUCGUAUCAUCGCAUGAGGAAAGUUAUGUUAAAAAAGACUUACCUGCAGUGGCCUGGUUCAGACUGUACUAACCCAACACAGGCGCAGGAACUGUUCUGGAAUCAGCUGCGUAGAGGAAUAAAAACAGGGACCAGACUAGAGACAGAAGAAUAUUCUGCAACUCGUGAGAGCAAAGAAGCUGAAGACUUUAUGGAUGAGAGAUCUGAUGAAAACUUUUACUUGCAACCUUAGAAAGAAAAUAAGAAUGUGUGAUUUGUG